AUGUCUCUCCGCAUCGCACCUCCAACUGGUUACUCCAACCAGACCACCAACACCACAACUCGCUAUACUCGCCCCUCAAAAGGUGCACCAUCAGCACCCGGUCUCCCCGACACCCUCCGUGACAAGCUCACUCUCCCCGCUACCGCUCACUCCUCCGCAACCAACAACCCAACUGCCAGCGAGAUCCCCUCCUCCACACACCCCCUCGAAGCCCGCCUGCUCUCCUGGCGCGCAACCCAAGAUUCCAUGAAGAUGGAAUCUCUCCGUCGGGCAUACGGUAUUGCCGAGCCUGUUCGCCGUGGUAUGGAGCUGAAGAUUGUUAGAGACAGCACUUUCCGUCCUGCUGUGCUGGGUGGUGUUAAGAGUGGCAAUGUCCAUGAGGAUAUUCUUGUGCUUGGAGGCCGGGAUACUGAGGUUGGCUGGGAAGAGAUCUUUCAGGGUGAUGACUUCCGGGAACCACCUACCUUCCACGAUGAGAUGGAGAAGCGAUUGGGAAUGGACUUUUAA